AUGGAGCAUUCAACUUCUUCCUUGAUAACCCGAGGAAGAAGCUCCUGUUACAUCGUAUAUUUCUGCACGCGCAUAGGACGUAAAAGUGUACACACCGUACGCGCAAAUUAAAUAAAAUUUCUGCGUUUCCCUUUUUUCUUCUUAAUUCUUUCUCGCGUUUACGUUGAUUUGUGUCGAUUUUACUUUGUUAUAGAGCGCAAAAAGUAUAGUUGCAGGUUUCACAUACACUAGGAUUUUUUUAAUCGGUAGAAAUGUCGGCUCGCGGCGGAAGAGGACGACCAAACUUGGCGUUGGCUGGAAAACGGGAAACACAAGCGGAAAGUAAAUCGAACGAUACAGGAAAAAGGGCGAGGGUUUGUUUCAACAGUUUUUUUUGUUUAUUUUUUUGAGAAAAAAAUAAGGUUUUUUUAGGAGAGGUAGAGGCGGAGGAAGAGGUCGCGGGGAAAGAGGCGGUCGAGGUGGAGGUCGAGGUGGCGGCCAGGGAUUGAUUCAAACUGGCGGAAUCUUUUCCGAAGGCCUGAGUGGUGGUGUGGUCGGAGCCAAGUCCAAGGAUCGCGAAGUUUUGCCGAGUUAGUGAAUAUUGAUGAUUUUUUUAUUUUAGUUUUUUUAUCGGUUUCGAAUUUCGAUUUAAUGUAUGUAUAAUAAGUUCAAAUGCUUUUUUUAAAUUUGUUUCAUUUAGUUUUUCAGAAUUUUUUUAGGAAGAAACUUCAUCUUCCUUUUUUUUUCUUACAUCAAUGAUGCUUUUUUUUUCUGAAGCUCGCUAGAAAUAAACAAAAUCUGUGUCACUGGUAAAAAUAAACUAACUUCACCAAACAAACUUUGCUUGUUUUAUAGGGAGGAGAAACGUACAGAAGUUUUCCCGUAAAUAACACUAAAAAAAUCGAUUUCUGCAAUUAAUGGAAAACUUUAAUCAUUCUUUUUAUAAUCUUUGAAAAACAGGAGAGUUUUUUUUUUGGUUUGAUGCAAUAUUGCGAAAUUCGAUUUUUUUUUGUCUCUAACAAGGUUUUUUUUGAUAAUUACUAUUUAUUUAUGGUCCAGAUACUUUGUAGCUGUGACUUAGAACAGAAAAAUGAAGAUUUGGCUUUAGAGUUUUGAAACGAUCCAUAAAAAAUGUGUUCAAAGCGAUUUUCCGAAAUGCAAAACUAUCUCUGGCCCUCCAAAAUUUAGUUAUCUUUUCUUUCUCUAACGGCUAAUCUGUAUUUUGCGGAAUCACUUUUGACACGACAUGAGAAAGAUGGAUUUCAGCGUUCACAGUGAGCAAGGCAAAACAGAAAGAAGCGGAAAAAGAAGAGAAAAAAACGGAUGAAACGGUAAAGGCAUGUACUUCUUUUCGCGGCUACGAAGCCUUGUGGGAGAGCGACGAAGAAGCCGAGGAGGAAGAGUUGAAGGAAAUCCUCAAGACCGGGGUUUCGAGAGAAUUGAGUCUCUGAAACAGUUUUCUUUUCCAGUUCAUCUCCGAUCUGAAACGGGGAACUCAGCUUCCGCUUGUCCUGCCGACGGUCGAUGAGACGCAGUUUAUUAAUGUUGGUUUUCCCUUCGAUUUUCAUUGAAAUUUGCUAUUUUUUCUCUAUUUUCUUGUUCAUAGAUAACUUGGCGAUUUAAGAGAGUUAUUUUUUAACUAGAAAAAAACUUUUUGAAUAAAUUCGGCUCCUCUUGAAAGAAAAAAAUUAAAGUAAAUAUUCCUUUGAAAUCAAGAAAAAAAUUUUUUUACGGUAAUAUUUUAGAAUUGAACAUUUUAAAAAAAUAGAAAAAAAUUUUUCAAUAAAUUGAGAAUCCUCACUUUUUUUCGUUUCAAAAAAACAUUUCAAUCGGUUCUUUUUCAUUUCUCCACCUUCCAGUUCUUAUUUUUUUCUUACGGAAAAAUUUUUCAGGUUAUGCACAAAAGCGUGAAAGAGGAGCUUUUCUCGGACACAGAAGAAGAAAAAUUGGAAAAGAAACCGGAUUUGGAGAAGAUCGACAAGAAAAAGUAUUGAUUCUCCUUUUGAUUCUAAUUUUUGCCUUUUUUUUAGAAAAGCUUUGUUAGAAGCUUUCCAAGAAGAAGAAGCGAAUCCAACGCUGAGAUAUUCACGACAGGCGGCCGCUGCCCUCCGCAAAAUUAAUCAAGGUUUUUUUUUUGUUUUUUGAUGAAGAAUUGUCUUCUUGAAAAUUAUAAAAAAACAGAUUUCAGUUCAAAAACUAUGAAAAAAACCAUUCCACGCUUGAUUAUUCCAAUUUCGAAGGUUUUUUUGAGCCCUGGAAGAAAAAUUGGAAUAAUAUGAUGAUUUUUUUCAGAAAAAUUUGGAUCAGAAUAGAAAAAAAUUUUUGAAUAAAGUCAGCAAUUCGAAAAAUAGUUUUUGGGUUUCUGUUCGAAAUUUAUGAGUUUUUAAGGUUUUAGCUUUUCGAAAGAUUUUAUUUUGAAACACAAGUUUUUCGAUUUCUUCAGGAAAACCUUGAAUGAAAAAUAGAUCAUUUUUCACUUAUGAAGUUUUCAUUUUGUUUUGUGGAUUAGUUAUUUUAAAACUUUUCCAUUAUUAAGAAGGCUCGCAACGGGAAUUUAUGCUUUUCCAACUUCCUUCGGUCGUCGGAGCCCUUUGUCGACAAGAAGCGGCAGCCGCGGUAGCUGAACCUCAACCUGAGGUACCCCUCAAUUUUUGAAACAGGAAAAAAAUUAUGUGGCUGCCUUUAGCAAUAUUUUACAACAAACAAAUUGAAGUAUUUUGUACGGUAAUCAGUAAUAGAAGAAUUAUCUGUUUAUUUUGUAUUUUUUAGGAACAGUAAUUUUUAUACGUACUAAGUUUGGAUCUUUAAAGGGAUCAGCGGGAAAAAUCAAUACUUAAAAUUCGUUUUCGGCUUUUUCGAACGGGUAGGUGCAUACAAAGCUUUUGGAAGAUAGCUUAGAUUAGUUUUUGGAGGGCUUUAAAAAUUUUUGGAAGUUUUUCUGAGAAUUCCGCAUCAUUUAUCUUGUAAAAUUGCUAAAGCAAUCACUUGAAACAUAACUGGAAAUAAAUGAGGAAGUCUAAAAUUAUUGAUCGGAAAUUUUGAUGGGUUUUUUUAGUUUUAUGUCCUCUGAAAAUUUUUUUCAAAUUCGCGCCAGAAACGCGACCGCUUUGCAAUCUAAUGUUAGAAAUAUUCCGCGAAGUUUAAAAUAACCGUCAGAGAAAGAAAAAAAGAUAACUGAAUUUUUGGAGAGUCAGAGAUAAUUUUGAAUUUUGCGGAAAAAUACGGCAAAAUGCUAAGAUUUCAAGACUUAAAAAAAUGAAUAUCAUAUAAUUAUUCUUCUUCAUCAUCUUAUUCUCAGGAUUCUGAAACUCCGAUGGAAGUUGACGGAGAACAAAUUCUACCCCCUGAAACAGCCGCGACGUCUUCUUCUCCAACAAAAUCCCCCAACGAUUCGAUUUUGCCGCCAGGGAAAACUAUUGGGAAACUGAUGGUGACUAAACGUGGAAAAGUUCUUCUCAAGGUGCAUUUUCUCCGAAAAAUACAAAAGACGAUUUUUUUUAGAUCGGAGAACAUGUUAUGGACGUCACCAAGACGAUCCCCGGCGGACAGCGACAGGUUCUUUUUCUUUCUUAUUUUUCAGAAUGGAAAAAAAGCAUGAAAAAUAUAAAAGUUCCCAAUAUUUUGUUGGCAAAAAAAAGAGUAUGAUUCCAGGCGAUCGUGAUGUUGGAGACGACGCCAGAAGUGGAAGACAAGGCGGCGCAGCAUCCGUUCUUCAGGGCAAGCCAGCCCGCGGGUUCCAACGCCCUUUUCGAACUCGGCGCCGUCAAAAAUCAUCUGAUGGCCUCGAUGACCUGGCAGGAUCUCCAUCUCAGGGACACACGUUGGUUUUUUUCCUGUUUUUUUCAAUCCUACAAGCAUAGAUUGGCAGGUACAUAACUCGUUGUCUGGGGGUUGGCUUACAAGAGUUUUAAGAAGUUAGAUUUAAAAUCAAGUUUCAACCUCUGGGAGGUAGUUUUGGCCACAGUAAUACAAGUUUGGCCUUAGAAAGGGAGUGUUAACUUUAUUACUUAGGAGGAAAAAGUCGAAAAAAAUGGUCUGCUCAUGUAUACUUACAAGGGGGGCGUCAUUUCAAUUUUUUUGAAAAUUAGAUAGAACCCUUCAAAAAAAGAUUCUGAAACCCUUAACCUUCAUGAAUUCCUAGUUUUUUUGAGAAAUGAGGCCUCAAAAGCUCAAAAUAGUCUAUUUAAAGGGAUUUUAAUAUGUCCUUUCUCAAAAAAUAGAAAAUUUUGCUAGUCGAGACGUUCAGGGUCCUAAACUGAUACAUCACGAAGUAUUCUGGGCAAAAUCCCAAGCCUUGAAGUAAAAUGACCUUCCUUGUUAAUGGAACUUUCAAAAUAAGAUAGGGAUUUUUUCGUGACUGAAAAAAGGAAAAUGCUGCAUUGAAAACCUUGGAAAUUUUAGAAGCACUUGAACAUUUCCCUGCAAACUUAGCCAUUUUCCGAGAAUGAAAUAAGGCUCCAAAUCGCUUGGUUUCUCUGUAAGAAACUCGAAUUUCUUUUUGAGAAUGACAGUUUUUAAGAGUUUUACUCUCCGUAUUUAUCACCUGAUUCAUCAGAGAGGGCUCCAGUCAUUUUUCAACAAUUUUUCAAAGAUUUGAGUACCUUUUUUGCAGAUUUCAGAAAAUGUGUCAGUAGCGAUUUUUUUUGCCUAGUUUGAUCGACGUUUAAACGUAGAAAAAUUACUUUUCGAAAUUUCAAAGUUUUUUCCUUAUUUGAAGCUCCAAGCUUAAAAAUGUUUCUAGUGAUUUUUUUUAAAGUUUCCUUUGUAAUUUUAAAUUUUGAAACAACAAUAUUGCGCAAAUAAGAAAAUCAUCGGAUAAUUUUGCUUUCAAAUACUCUCGAAUCAAGUAAAAAUGGUUGAGAUCUUAUAAUUUUGUUCAGAAACGGAAUAUAAAGACGUUGAAAUGAAGGAUUCCGACGACGUGAAGACGGAAUCAUUCGAAGAAGAAUUGAAGGUUAGUUUUUAGAGAUUUUCUCUUCAUUCAAAGCUUUAAAAAAAGAAAAAAAGGUUUCGAAAUACAGUUUGAUCUCAAGAAAAAAAUCUAUGAAAAAUCGGACUAUUUCCGAUCAAAAUGUCUAUUCAAUAUCUUACAGUUCCAAUUUUCUAGGAAUUGGAGAAAACACAAAGCUCCUGGGCAACUUUGGCAAACCGUUGGGCCGAUUCUUCAUGA